AAGUUUGAUUCUGUGGGUCAUGUAGGACAAAUCGCGUGUGUGACGUGUAAGGAAGUUUGUCCGCACGCUGUUUUUCCUUUGAAAUCAGCGAUUGCGAGUCGGGGCGUGCGGCGGAACUGCCGUUGCGCCCGCACGCCACGCGCGACUUCGGUUGCCGUCUCCCACGUCUCGCCACUUCGCUCUUCCCUCGCGGUUCAGUUACUCCCCUCCCCUUUCAUUACUCCCCAACCCACCCAUCCACACCAGUUGCAUUCGAUUGAGGGGAAACCGAGAGGAGAAGGCGACGACGGCGGCGGCGGAAGAGUCGACCGCAUUCGCGGCCGUUGGUGGGGCUCGCCGAACCGGAGCGUCGUCGCCGGAGAGCCACAUAUUGAAGGUAAGGCUCCCUCCCGUGCUCACAUUCCUGCCUGCGAUUUCCGCCCCCUCCCUUCGUGGUCAAUUUUUGCUCGAGUUUCCUCGAGAUUCCGGCCGAUUCGCGGUGCUCCGGCGUCCCCGUCGGCGGUGGAGUCGCGUGCUUGCCAUUUAGGGUGGCAUUGCGCAGUUUUGUCGCCGUCGCGGUGUCACAAAUAUGCUUUCCAUGUGGCAAUUUAUUUUGUGAACACACUAUGGCUGUUGCCAUGCCAUAUGCAGGACAAUGGCACAUUCACUGUACAAUAGACUCAGUUUGCGUUUGCCAUGCUGGCUUGUGAUAUCUGAACAUAUUUUGACUGUAUUACAUGGCAACUCAUUUUUAUGUGAGGUCAGUGUGUGAGUUGCCACAUUACAUGUUGUGCAGUGGAAGUUGUCUGCCCUUUUUUCAAGUGCCUUGUGUUUAACAUGGCAACUUGAACCUAAUACAUUUGCUGCUUGUGAAUACAUGGCAAUCAUUUUUAUAUGAGGACAGGGUGUGAGUUGCCACAUUACAUAUUGUGCAGUGGAAGUUGUCCGCCCUUUUCUUGGAGUGCAUUAUGUUUAACAUGGCAACUUGAACCUAGUACAUUUGCUGUUUGUGAAUACAUGGCAACAUAUGAGGCCAGGGUGUGAGUUGCCACAUUAUAUGUUUUGUGUAGUGGAAGAUGUUUGCCCUUUUUUGGAGUGCCUUGUGCUAACAUGGUAACUUGAACAUUUUUAAAUUGCCUUACGAUCUGCACAUUUUUUAUUAAGCCAAUGUGUUUAGUUGCCACAUUUCAUGUUGGACAGUCCUAGGGGGUGGGUAUUCCUAUGAUCUGCCUCAUUUGCCACUUUCAAACGAGCCAAUAUGGCAAGAAGAUUCUACUAGCUGGCAACUACUUUCUUCAGAAGCACAUACACGUCCAGUUGCCAUGUUUCUGUAAUUGUUUUUCCAUUUUGAUUAUUUUUCUGUCUUUUUGUGCAUGUUCAUCACAUGGCAAUUACUAUCCUCUUCAAAUGCUUAAACUUCGGGCCAACCAUUUGAGUUUUCAUUUUUUGUUCAUCGAAGAUAUCGAGUGAAGUUACUUUAUGCAUUUCUUUCUAUAUCCGUCGGAUGUAUUUUCAUUUCACCCUAACGUGUGUUUUGUUCUUACCUUAGCACAAUGGCUCGCGACGACCAUCAAGAUGAUGAGGACUUCAUUGAUUUACUACAACAGAAUCGCCCGAUUGGUCGGACAAAAGAUGACGAUGAGAAGAAGAAAAGUUAUCGCAAUAGGGCUUCGCAAGAACGCCUGACUAUAUUGACCGACGGAUUCACUGAUGAGCAAAAGGGAGCUGCCGGUGAGAUGGGGAUGCAGGCUUUGAUGGAUGUUCGGUGCAAGAACCUAGUGAACCCUGUAUGCGACUGGCUCAGUGAGAUUUAUGAUCCUGCCUCCAGGGAAUUUGUGAUUCCAGGACGUGGAAGACUGCCUUUGUAUGAGGAAUCCGUGUUCUGCACUUUGGGUGUGCCCCGUGGAGAAAUCAAAGUCCCGUAUGAGGUGAAUAAUAAGAUCGAGGAAGCCUUAUUCGCCCGUUUGUUUCCUGGGAUGGCAUCCAUGCCGAAUACGACUAUGUUGGCAACUUCGCUGGAGGGCAUGAAAACCCAUGGCGAGGUUUUUAAGAUGAAGCUCCUCAUGUACAUGAUCUCAACUGUUUUUGUGCCUGCCACAUCUCUUCGCCCAAGCAACAAGUGCUUCCCCAUCCUGGCGAAGUUGAAAGAUGUGAAGAAAAUGAAUUGGUGUAAAUUCAUCGCUGACUUCCUGCAUGAUGCAUUCUCAAACAAGAUGUACCAGAAGGGUUGUCGCUUGCACUUAAUGCUCAUGUAUGUCGAUUGUCUUGAUCUGUCCACCAUUGACUUUACUAGGAUAGGAGGCCCGCCGCCUCCACAUAAGUUUGCUGUCUCUGCGUGGACGUACAAUGCUAUCAAGGUUGUGCUUGCCGCAGACAAGAUAACUGAUAUGAAAUAUGGGAAACUGCAGCUGAUGGCCAAGCAUGCUAUAGACUACAGUGUGUUUGGUGGGCCUUAA